CACGUCUAGUUUCUAUUGACACGUUGGUUAGUUCAAAAUUCACAAUUUUCUAUGAAAUUCAAAAUUAUUUCUCGCCUUUCAGUGCCAGCGAAUCGUCUCUCACAGCAAUCCACCCCAUUGAGCGACUUUUGAGCUGAUUUAAGGACAUAUCUAUGGUCUAAUGAUCUUUGAAAUUAAUCUGCAGUUUUAUUUGUUGCGGCAUAACGCGGUGCGUACCUACUUUUUACGCUUGUGGCUCAGUGUUGUCAAUCAGGACGCACCUAUAGAGGCUGUUGCUAUCCAGGAGCUAUUGUAAUUGGGAAGCAGUCAUAUCGACCACGCCAUUGGCAAGACUUGCGGCCGGGAGAAAGAGCACGGGGCAGAGCAAAACACAUAUAUAUAUAUACAUACAAGAAGUCGACAGUAGUAGGAGUUCAUUAUGUCAAGGCAUUGUUAUCGCACUACCACCCUGGAAUUUUACGAGCUUGUGCCAGAAACUCGGAACUACAGCUACGGAUCCGUACACUGGCCCUUGCAUAUGGAUAGCUAUGGUGCUGACAGCUAUUUUUCUAAUCUGCAAAACCAUUUGGCUAUGGCUAGCAAUAGUGAUCAGCAUCGUGAGUUUAUCUACGACAUUGUACAGUAUCCUCAACAACAAGCCAUAUUCGAGUUUGGUCAGCAGGAGGAACCGCGUACCGCAUACUUAGCAUCUGUUCCCAUACAUGAAGAUCAAACAAGAAAUAUGACUAAAGAUGAUGAAUAUAAGACGAGCAAUGUAGACGCCGUAGCUGCAGAGCCAAAGACCACAAAUAAGCCACGAAGAAAGAAAAACAUCUAUCGUGCAAAACAGGGCUAUUUGGUGGAAGAGCCCUCCAGUGAGUCCGAGAACGACCAGGAAGCUAGUUAGUAAAUUUUUGAGUUAAUAUUAUAUUUAUGGAUCAAUGGCAGGCUUGCCGCAACGCUUUGAACAACAUAUCCGAUCUACAAUCAAUUAUUUAAUCAUUGCGGUUGAGUUAUGGCAAGAAUGUCUGAAAAGUCCUGAUGCUACUCAUAUGUAUAUACAUAUAUAUAUUUUUUUCUUCUAUAAUAUUCAUCUAACAAAAAACACACAUAUAUAUUUUUUACUGUAACCAUUUAGUGUUUCUUCGUUUGUUAAACGUAAGCCUGCUUAAAGAAGUAAAUUAUAAAAACACAA